CGAGUUUUCUUUCACAAAAUUAUAAAUUACAAAGCGAUAGAACUAUAGAAGCAUCAUUUCUUGCACCAUCCUUUUCCGACGAACUCAUGAAAGCUCAAAGCCCCGAAGAAGAAGAAGAAGAAAAACAAACACCACGCUUUUGCUGCCUCUCGCACGAGUUCUUCCGCGUCGCUUCUGCCAAUCCUAACAAAACCGCCGUCAUUCACGCGUCUGGCGUCGCCCACCUCUCCACGCGCCUGCGCCAAACUGCUCAUCCUUUUCCUCCUCCUGCCUCCCCAAACUUCAACCAUGACAAUAUCUCCACGCUCUUAGAACAGCGCGUGGAGUCACUCUCUCCCCCGGUCUACAACGGUGACCGUUGCUUUACUUACUCUCAUCUCUUGAAAGCCGUUGAUUCCCUCGCCUCUCGUAUAAGCUCUAUCCUGCUUGGUGCGGAUGACCCUCACCUUAUCACGCCCAAACCUCAAGGUGACAAUGCGGUUAACCAUGAAAAGGGAACUAUUUAUGCAGCUGAGAACUUGGAAACUAAUGUGUCUAGCUCAGAGUCGGUGGUUGACUCCAGUGAAGAGUAUAGGCCAAAAAUAGUGGGAAUAUAUAUGCCACCUUCUGUGGAAUACAUUGAAGCUGUUCUUUCUGUACUGAGAUGCGGGGAGGCUUUCUUGCCUUUGGACCCUUAUUGGCCGAAAGAAAGGUUAUUGUCGAUUGUCGCUUCCUCAAGCGCUGAUCUCAUUAUAGGUUCCAAAUCUUCAUUUGGUAAUGAGUUGGACGAGCUUGAUGAAUCGCAUUGGCUGGUAAAGUCAGUAAGUUGUCCUGUUUUAAGCGUCUCCAUUGAAGAAAGCCUUCAAGAAUAUAGUGAUUUGACAGAUUUGUUAUGGCCUUGUGCCAAUGAAAAGAAGAGAUCAUUCUGUUAUUUAAUGUAUACUUCUGGUUCAACUGGAAAGCCGAAAGGAGUGUGUGGCACUGAACAAGGUCUUUCAAAUCGCUUUUUGUGGAUGCAAGGAUUGUAUCCUCUGAAUGGGCAGGAAUCAUUGUUGUUUAAAACAUCAAUCAGCUUCGUUGAUCACCUGCAAGAAUUUUUCAGUGCUAUUUUGACAGCUUGUAUGUUAGUUAUUCCUCCUUUCAGUGUUCUCAAAGAAAACAUAUAUUCUAUAAUAGAUUUUCUUCAGGCUUAUAGUAUUAAUAGGCUUACAGCUGUUCCAUCGCUAAUGAAGACAAUUCUUCCUGGAUUACAAACUCAUGUUGGCCUGCGGGUUCAAAGGUCACUGAAAUUACUUGUGCUAAGUGGUGAACUGUUUCCCUUGACCUUGUGGGAGAAGCUUUCAACUGUUUUACCAAACACAUUUAUCUUGAAUUUAUAUGGAAGUACCGAGGUCUCAGGUGACUGUACAUAUUUUGAUUGCAAGAGAAUGCCAUUGGUUUUGAAGGAAGAUACGCUAACUAGUGUGCCAAUAGGUUUACCAAUUUAUAAUUGUGAUGUUGUGCUUCUUUGUGAAAAUGCCUCGUCAAAGGAGGGAGAGCUAUAUGUUGGUGGUUCCUGCAUCUCUAGAGGCUACUAUACUGAGUCUAAUAUGAAGUCUGAAAAUUUUGUAAAAUUGCCUCAAAGUUAUUGGAUGAAUUCCAUGAAUGAUUGCAAAAGCAAAUUAUACUUCAGAACUGGUGAUUUUGUCAAACAGUUGUCAAGUGGUGACUUUGUAUUUUUGGGAAGAAAAGACCGCAUUGUAAAAAUCAAUGGUCAUCGUAUUGCCCUGGAAGAAAUUGAAGAUUUGUUAAGAAAGCAUCCAUAUAUAAAUGAUGCUGCUGUAAUUUGUCGGAAUAUUGAAGAGCUUUUGCUUCUGGAAGCCUUUAUAAUAUUAGAAGACAAGGAAAGAUUGGACGAAUCAUUAAUACCUGCAAUUAGAAGUUGGAUGAUUAGCAAACUUCCAUCGGCUGUGGUUCCUAAUUAUUUCAUCUUCGUGGAUUCAUUUCCUGUGUCAUCCAGUGGUAAAGUUAAUUAUGAGUUGUUGGUGGACUCAAGAUUAUUGACAAUGAAUGUCAAGGAUAAGGUUGUUAACAUUGACUGCAGCAGUCUUCUGCAACGAAUUCAAAAGGCCUUUCAUGAUGCUUUAAUGGUUGAAAAGGUUUGCAACGAUGAUGAUUUCUUUACCAUGGGUGGUAACUCUCUUUCUGCUGCACAUGUUGCUCACAGUUUGGGGAUCGACAUGAGAUUUCUUUAUUACCACCCAAGUCCUUUUAAGCUUUGUAUGGCUCUUCUUCAGAAAAGAGGAUCCUGCGCUUUGCAUAACAAGUUGGAUGAUUGUUUUGAACUAAUUACAGAAAGACAAGAUAACCAUGUCUCAUCCAAUCAUAUUGAAAAUUCUAAUACCCAUGAGUCAUGGAUGAUUUCUAAAGGUAAUGAUGAUAAUUCUUUACCUUCUAAGCGCUUGAAGAGGGGUAUUACAGAUGUUAUGUUGAGUGCUGAUGAAUCUUCCCCAUGGCAUUUCUCUCCAAUAUUUGAAUCAUCUUCAUUUAGCCGAUGCAACAAGGUGUUGCAUAAAGGGCAGCCUGCAGUUACUGGUUCUCAGCAAACAACUUGGUUGGCAAAUGCUCCAAGGGGCAGCAGAGGUCAUAUAAAGGACUGUUGGAAAGUUUACAUGGAAUCUUGUGUUGAUGCUUCCCCAAUGCUUGUGUCUAAAGGCUCAGACAUUUAUUUAUUCAUUGGAUCUCAUUCACAUAAAUUUCUCUGUAUAAAUGCCAGAAGUGGUUCUGUCCAGUGGGAGAUCAAACUAGAUGGACGCGUUGAAUGUACAGCAGCAAUUGUAUCAGAUUUCUCUCAGGUGGUUGUUGGAUGCUACAUGGGAAAAAUUUAUUUUCUAGAUUUUUCAAGUGGAACCAUCUGUUGGAGUUUUCAAACGUCUGGUGAGGUAAAGUCACAACCAGUUGUAGACACAAGAAGACAUUUGAUCUGGUGUGGCUCUCAUGAUCAUAACUUAUAUGCGCUUGAUUACAAAAAUCAUUGCUGUGUCUAUAAACUACCUUGUGGAGGCAGUAUAUUUGGGUCACCUGCAAUUGAUGAGGUUCGUGGAUUGCUUUAUGUGGCUUCUACUGGUGGUAGAAUUACAGCUAUAUCAAUAUCGGAUUUUUCUUUUACUGUAUUGUGGCUACAUGACUUGGAAGUCCCUGUCUUUGGUUCUCUGGGCAUCACCGAAAUUGGAACUGUAAUAUGUUGCUUAGUAGAUGGCCAUGUUCUUGCAUUGGAUCCAAACGGAUCCAUAGUUUGGAAGCAAACAACUGAUGGACCUAUAUUUUCUGGGCCAUGCAUGCCUUCUACACUUCCUCAUGAGGUGCUAGUAUGCUCCAGAAAGGGAAGCGUGUACUCUUUUAAACCGGAGAAUGGGGAUUUAUUAUGGGAACAUAAUGUUGGAGAUCCAAUAACUUCAUCUGCUUAUGUUGAUGAGCACUUGCAGCUAGUCUCUGAUGAUGCCUCACAUUCCUCAGACAGGUUAAUCUGCAUUUGUUCAAGUUCUGGAAGAAUACACUUACUUAGAGAGAACCUGAAUUCCUCCGAUGACACAAUUCGACGGAAAAUUGAUGUGCAGGAAUUUGCAAGGCUUGACUUGCUCGGCGAUAUAUUCUCUUCGCCGUUAAUGAUUGGAGGCUGGAUUUUCGUUGGUUGUCGGGACGAUUACUUGCAUUGUGUUACCCUUGAAAUGCCAAAGCAACAUGAAAGUUAAGGAUGAUGUAUAUAGCUGAAUUUUUUUGUACUGUGUUAGAUAGAUUGGUUCUGUGUUCAAAAUCUUCCAAGUAUGAAUUUUGAAUGUGUAAACAGGAUGAACACAAGUUAGAUCAUGCCACUUUUAUUACAUUUUACUAGUUGGAAUCAAAAGGAAAGGAGAAAAAAAAGAAUGAAACAGGAAAAACAAAUGGCAUAAGAUGGUAGAGUUUCAUGAACUAAAGUUCUCAAUGUGAGGUUGUGAUUAUGUUUAAGGUGAUAA